CCGAGUCGAAAUUCAAAUCGCGCAGAGUUAAGUAACAUAAGCAUGCGUAAGCGAAAACUUGUUUGAUUGAUAAUAGGAGCGUAUUAAAGUGGAGAGGUAGCAGAGUAGGAGAAGUUAUUAUGCGACAGAUUGGCGUUGAUUAAAUAUUACUCUAGUGCUCCAACUCGUACUUGAAUCAAAUCAGCGCAAAAGUUUGUUUCGUGUGCUGGUUGCGAAGCGGUAAAACUCGUACGAUACGUUGUCGGUCAGUCGGUGCGCAACCGCCGUGAAAUCUACAACUUUCAGUGCCAUACACACACGCACACACUGCCAUAGUUUAUAGUUAAGUGCGCUUAAGUUAAGUUAAGCACAGAAAAUGUCGCGAUGCGGCCGAUUGCUCGGUGGUUUACUGCACAAUAAAAUCCAGCCCAAGUCGGCUUUACGUAAAAAUAACUACGUCGGCGGCGUCACGGCGGUCGAAAACAAGUUUCAAUUCUCAAGGACACGUGGGUUGUAUACGUCGCCGGCGCUCGCCGGCAAUGUGGCGUUCAAAUUGUCGGAUAUCGGUGAGGGUAUUCGAGAGGUAGCUGUGAAGGAAUGGUUCGUUAAGGUUGGCGAUAAAGUCAAGCAGUUUGAUAACAUCUGCGAGGUGCAAAGUGACAAGGCCUCGGUGACGAUUACGAGCCGGUAUGAUGGUGUUGUCACUAAGUUGCACUAUAAAGUUGAUGAUACCGCGUUGGUUGGGCAACCGCUAUUAGAUAUUGAUGCUGAGGGUGAAGAGGGAGAUGUCCCUGAAGUGGCAAAGACUCCUGAAGAACCUGUUAAACCUAAAAUUAUUGAGGAGGCUAUCAAAUCACCACAGGUACCUUCAGGUCCAGCGUCUUAUAAAAGGGAUAUAUGCAUACCUUCGGUUCGACGGCUUGCAAAAGAACAUAAUAUUGAUUUGACUCAGGUGGAAGGUACCGGAAAUGGUAGAAUAUUAAAGGAGGAUGUUUUGAGCUUAUAUGAAAGAUCCCAGUACCUCACGGGUACCAAUUAUACAAGCCCCAAUCUUAGCCCUUCUGAUAAAACUGAAGCCAUCAAAGGCUUCCGUAAAGCCAUGGUCAAAACAAUGACAGAAGCGAAUAAAAUUCCUACUUUUGUUUAUUCCGACGAAAUGGCAGUCACAAAACUCUCAAAAUUACGUCUGGAAGUAAAGGAGGAGUUUCUUGCCCAAGGAAUUAAAAUUUCCUACAUGCCAUUCUUCAUUAAAGCCAUUAGUAAUGCUCUGGUCAAGUAUCCUAUCCUCAACGCCACCGUAGACGCCAAUUGUGAGAAUGUCACUUACAAAGCAUCACAUAAUAUUGGUAUAGCCAUGGAUACCAAGGUGGGACUAGCUGUGCCAGUUAUCAGCAACUGCCAAUCUUUAACCAUUGUCGAAAUAGCAAAAGAAUUAAACCGUUUAAUGACCGCUGGUAAAACAGGAAGCUUUGAUCCCAAAGAUUUAGCUGGAGGUACCUUCACCCUUUCGAAUAUUGGAGCAAUUGGUGGUACCUACACCAAACCGGUGAUUUUACCACCACAGGUUGCUUUACUCGCUCUGGGAGCUGCUAAAUUACUGCCUAGAUUUGAUAAGGAUAUGAAUGUCAUCCCAGAGGAGAUUGUUAGCCUUAGCGGGGCUGCUGAUCAUCGGGUGGUUGAUGGUGCGACGAUGGCGAACUUCUCGAAUGCGUUCAAGCGACAAAUUGAAAAUCCUAGUUUAUUGUUUUUGAAUUUGUAGAGGUUUAUUAAAGACUUGGUUUAUUUUGGA